CAUUUUUUUUCAUUGGCAGAGCAUUGUCCGAUUCUUUUUUUUUUUUCGCUAACACCGACAUCAGCAACAGUGUUGUGUAUUCUGAUGCAAUAAUUGUUAAUCAAUUUUUUUUUUUUUGCAAUUCAAUUUUCAUAUCGAGAAUAAUAUGGCCGACGAUGAAUUGGAUUUAGAUUUGACCACCAAAAAGAAAAAGAAGACGAAAAAACCAUAUGAUUUUAGUGGAUUGAAUGAUGAAGAAUCAUCGGUCAAAACUGAAAGUGUAAAUGAUUCAAACAUUGCUGCUGAAACAAAAACUAAUGAUGUUCCAGUGGAUGAUGAUUUGGAUUUAGCAGAUUUUUCCGGUCUUAAAAAAAAGAAAAAGAAAAAGAAGCCUUUCAAUCUGGAAGAACUUGAAAAUGCUUUGCCAAACGAAAGUGGAGAAAAAGAAAGCCCUGGUGAUGAAAAGCCGGAUGAUUCUCAAGCUACCGAAACUGUAGCUGAUGAUUUUGAUCUAGAUUUUAGUGUAUCGAAGAAGAAAAAGAAAAAGAAGAAGACUACUUUUGAUUUGCCGGAUCAAGAUGAUUUUGAUAAAGAAAACGAUAUAGAUGCUGAUGAUGAUUUGAAAGAAGAAAUUCAAUUCAGUGGUGGUCCAUCUAAAUGGUUAGAUUCGGAUCGAGAUUAUACUUAUGAUGAAUUAUUAGAAAUGAUUUAUAACAAAAUCAAGGAAAAGAAUCCUGAAAGCGAAUCUGGUGGUAGAAAGAAAUAUGUAUUACGUCCUCCACAAGUUCUUCGUAUUGGUACCAAAAAAACAUCAUUUGCAAAUUUUCUUGAAAUUUGUAAAUCACUUCAUCGACAGCCGAAACAUUUGCAGAAUUUUUUAUUGACCGAAUUGGGUACCAGUGGUUCAGUUGAUGCAAAUAAUCAAUUGAUCAUCAAAGGCCGUUUCCAACAGAAACAGAUCGAAAGUGUACUUCGACGAUAUAUUAAGGAAUAUGUUGCUUGCCAAACUUGUCGUUCACCGGAAACUAUUCUUCAAAAAGAAACUCGUCUAUUUUUCUUACAAUGCGAAACUUGUGGAUCAAGAAGAUCUGUAGCCAAUAUUAAAAGUGGAUUUCAAGCCGUUACUGGACGUCGUUCAGCAAUGCGUGCUCGUACUAAUUAAAUCUUUACAUUUUUCCACUUGUAAUGAUGAUUAUCAUAGGCUUUUUCAUACAUUCAGAAAAUUUUUUUAUUAUUAUAAUCAAUUUUAUUUGCAUUCACAACAAAAAAUAAU